AAAUUAAUAGUUUUGUAUCUGUUACAAAAAUAAGCAAAUCUUGUCGCGGUGAAAAAUAUACUCGUUACAUAAUUCUCAAAAAAUAAAAUGUAAUUAUAUUCCGCAUAUUUUCCACAUUGUUCACGCGCGUUAAAAAAAUUUUACCUCGGUUUAAGUAUCAAACAUUCUGGAACAACAAAUCCUGCUUUGGAGCAGGAAUGUGCUGAAUAGCUGACUUGUGCUUACGUAAUAGCAUGCAGUCUCCGAGUGCGAGAUGUGACGAUGCAGCGAAAGGAUUAUCGCGUUUCGCGUUAUCGCAAACAUCGCGGAAAAUCACUAUCGCACAGGACAAUUUCAAACUUGUUCAAACUUGAAGUAGAAGUUAAUAGCGCGUUUCAUUUGUUUUUUUACUGAAAAACUAAAAUAAAUAUUUAACAAAUAACAAGACGCAUCGUCAUGUCACACCUUCCCUCGCUGAAUUGGGAGAUUUGCCGCACAGGUACAAGCAUGUUCUCAUGUUAACACGCAUACCUGACACAGGCGCCGAAUUGCUAGUGUUGGUCCUGCAACGUUUACAGGGUUAUAAUGCUUUCAAACACAUACGUUUGCCGCCGGGUAAUCACGGAUUCUUAUCGACUCUGCAACAAGAGUCGUUAGUAGAAGAAAUUACGAGUAUUAUCAGACAAGAAGCUAUCCCGUUAACUUUCGACGGAGACGUAAAGUUCCUGAAUUUCUCGAAAUUCGGACGACAAGGCCCGAGUUUCGUAUCUUUAGUCAGAGAUCCUACGGAUCCACGAAUUUGGCAAAAAUAUGAAGAAGGAGAAGAAGAAAUGUUUUAUGGCGGAGUUAUAUCUCACUUUUGUGGUCAGGAACCACGUUGUGCGGAGAGAAAUAACAGGUGGGCGUUGGAACGAGCUAAAACAAAUGUUAUUCGAUGGUAUCCGGUUGUUGGCAUAUUGGAUUACAUGGAGGAGUCGUUGAACGCGCUUGCAGUUGAGUUUCCUUAUUUUUUCAAGGGUGCCAUUCAUAUUUAUAACCAGUUACGACCAAAAAAGAAGCAUCAGUCUACAUCUUCGAUACCUUUAAAGCCACAAAUUACAAACGAUUAUUUGAGAAAAGCACUUGUCCAAGAAGUGGAAUUUUAUCAAUGGCUAAAGUCUCGACUUCUCAACAAGACUUUCAACAAUGGCUGACAAUGCGUGUUGUUCCGUAGAAAUUGUUAAACCGGAACUACUCAAAGAUAGAUAUCAGAUAACACCAAUCGCGCAUUGCAAUAUCCUUCAUUAAAAGGAUUAAAACAAAAUCUCGGUAGUUCUGGUGUGUGAAAUGUUUACAUUAAACAAUUCCAAACAACACGCGUUGUUAAAAAUCACCGUCUUAAAAAGAUCUUUAGACGUUUAAACAAUUUUGAGUUCUUUGAAAUAUAUACGAGAUUUCAGAAAAGUGAAAAUUUCAUAUAUUACCGAUCUAAAGAUUGAUUGCAUAACUACAGAUACCAUCCUACGUCGAAGAUCAAUCAUCACACGCAUAUACUCGCCUUUUACCAUCGUCGCACAACAGAAUGCAAUUCGAAAAUUACGAAAUUCUCCUAAUUUUCACGCCUAACAUAAUAUUUGUUGAAUUAAAUGCACACAGAAAGAAA